AUGGUCGCGAUCUCUGUACAGCCGCCGCUACAGGCCGCGCAGAUUUCGGAAGAAGACCUAUUGACGUUUCGAGAGAUGGCCAUGCAACUCUUGGACCGCACGCUGCGAGAUAUGGACGAGCACGACGUUGAUCCUCGCUCACAUGACAAGCAAGACCCGCGCUUAUGGAAGAAGAUUCAUCACAAAGACCACUUCACCACGUACACGCGGUGCGACGACGCCCCCGAAGCUGCGUACGUGGCGGCGGACGGUGGACGCAGCACGACAUCGAGGCCGUCCAAGGACGUGGUUCUCGGUAUGGGUUUUGUACAAUGUCCUCUUAGUGAGCUCAUGUUUGGCGUUUUCAUGGGCAAUAGUCAAGCCAUGGCGCUCAAAUGCGCUGUGGUCGACAAGAACAUUGGCAACGGGGCUGUGCUCAAGCAAAUACUGGGACCGACGGAGGAAGAUCCAUUUCGAUUUCUUGCGCUAAAGUGGAUUGAGGUGCGACCGCCGCGUGGUGUCUCCGGAAAGCUCGUGGCGCCCAGAGAAGUGAUGUUUCUAGGAGGCACCGGUACCAUAAGGCGUCACGACACGGGCGAAUUCAUUGGCUACGAAGUACAUCACUCGAUUGAUCACCCAGCUUUUCCUCCCGUGGACGGACUGCGACGUACGCGUAUCGUCAUUGGCUCAAUAUAUCGUGAACGUCCCAACGGAACGGUCGACUUGUUCAUUAAGAGCUACAGUAUGGAGGCCGAUAUGGGAAGCAUCCUCGGGCCUCUGGCUAUGGCGCACGCGGCCAAGUGCAUAGAGCAGGUCUGGACCGUGCCUGAUUUUGCCUAUGCCAAGAAGCUGCGUUGGUGCAUCGAUCACCGCGUGCAUAACAACACCUCAAAGGCGCUUCAUGCAAAAUUGGACCAGUGCUGCGCGACAUGCUCGAAGAGUGUGGUCACAAUCUGGAAGUCAAGAGCCGUGCACCGCAUCUGCAAUUUGUGCAAAGCUCCAUUGUGCUCCAAUUGUCGCAUCAAGAAGAAUUUGUAUGAGAUUGAUCCAUAUCGUCGGGCAAGGAAGUUUUCGGUGCACAUUUGCCCAGCUUGUCGAGAAUUUGUUAAGCAAUUGGACGCCGAAGAGAUUCAGAGACAGGAAAUGCUGCACCCUGAGAGCGCCGAAGUGUUCAAUCCUUUGACGCCUAGUACGCUGGAUGUACUAGCUCACAACUUUUCGCUCGACAACAGUUUCUGUACAGCUUCCGUUGAGAGUCUUUGUAUGGUCGACUCGCCACGUGCGCACUCCGACGGCGCUAUGACUAGUGUGCUUGAUUGA